UUUAACAGUUCUUCUUCGAUUAGUCCGCACUUUAAAAAAACAGAUUUCCCAAUUUGUAGCAAAUAAAAAGAUUGCACUGUUCCAAAUUUACGUGUGAAUCAAUAAGACACCCCUUCCAAUAUGUUUACGCCCAACGCGAACGCCCCCAUCGGAGGUGCAUCCGCUGCUCCUGGCGCCUUUGCUUUUGGCGCGCGACCGGCGGCGACGACGGCGCCUCCUUCUUUCGGAGCAGCAACUUCCACGACGACCUUUGGUGCUCCUCGGCCGGCCGGGUCCCUAUUUGCCGCUCCCGCGGCCACUCCUGCGUUUGGAGCGCCUGCUGCAACUCCUGCGUUUGGAGCACCUGCUGCAACGCCUGCUUUUGGGGCACCAGCUGCUGCGCCCGCUUUUGGAGCAACUCCGGCUGCAACUCCAGCCUUCGGAACCGCUCCCGCCGCAACCUCAGCCUUCGGAGCUACUCCUGCGGCCACCCCAGCAUUCGGGGCACCAGCUGCCUCUCAAGCGCCGGCGUUUGGAGCACCGGCACCCGCUGUGGGCACCGUAGCGCCCACCUUCUCCUUUGCCACGCCGGCCACAAGUGCUCCGACCACAGCUCCACCGGCCUUUGGAUUCGGAAGCACAGCCACAACGGCAGCAGCUGCGAUGCCAGCUUCCCUAGGAUCAGGUAUCGGAUCGUUUGCCUUUGCCAAGCCACAGGCCACCACGGCUGCCAGCUUGAACUUCAACACAACCACGACGACGGCGACGGCACAGCCCUUCAACACGGGGCUUAAGCUGGGAGCCACAAACAUAACUACAGCCAUUGGAGGAGGCGGUAUCUUUGGGAAGCCAGCGGCACAGACGGCUGCUCCGGCCACCUCCACUUUUGUGGGUCUGGGCGGGAUCGAUGUAAGUACAACGCAGCCUAAGUUGGGAGACAACAAACAGGACGGCGUCAAGAUCAAGGAAACCCAAGUGCCCGACGAGAUAGUGAAGACAGUGGAUGCUUUAAAGGCGUACAUCAAGCAGCAGAAGACCAUAUCCUCGGACAUUGGCAGGACUUCCACAUCGAAGUUCACCAAUGUGAGCCACGAGAUCACCAACUUAAAGUGGGCACUGCAGAACAUGGCGAAUUCCGUGGAGGGCAACAACCAACAGAUUCGGCUGAUGCGUCAGGAGACCGCCAAGGCGAUUCAAUCUCUGGAGAUGGCACAGCGCACGCAGGACACUCCUGCCGGCCUGCAAUUCGAGAACAGUGCUCCCUUCCAGUACUUUCAGUGCCUGGUGGCCAAGUACGAGCAGGAUUUGAUUGCGUUUCGCCAGCAGAUUGCUCUGACCGAACGCCACAUGCAUGCGUUGUCUAACCCGCAGAGUAUCUCGCCGGAGGAUCUGAAGCGCGGGUUCCGCCAGCUGAAUGAGAGCUUCAUCUCUCUGGCGGGGCGUCUGCACGAGUUGCAUCAGCGCGUGGAGGAGCAGAAGGAACACUACCUGAACCUGCGCCGCUAUCGCCUGCGGGACGCCACAAACGUUUUCGAGCGCAUCGACAAUCCUCCGCUGCCGUCGGUUGAACCCCAAAGGGUCAGUAGCGGGCCAACGCCCUUCUCCAACAUCUCGGCGCUGAUGAACAAAUCCUAUGCGGCGGCGGCUAAUUCCGCCAGCAAUGCGGCAGCCAAGUGAGAUCAAAUUUUUAUCGAGUUUCAAUAAAUCGUUAUGUACAAGAAA